CUAUGAUGGCCCCUUUACGUUGAUCCAUCGAUACGGAACAACCCCCAUCGUGGAAUCAAGCACUUCAAGGAAUUCUCAGCUGGAAUUUGUGUUAUUAAAUGUAUAUCCAACACUCUAAUGCGUUUUCAACUUUCUAAUGAUCUCAAACUCUUCGCCCCGAUAUACCCCUAUAAGACCUGGGGCAGUGACUGGGAAGUCUUGUUCUUCCUUUUUUUCUUCUUUUCUUCCUUCUUCCUUCUACUACUUUAUUCUACUUCCAAUCAAAGUCUCCGUCUCCUCUUGAAUUGGUCGGUCUUAUUCUUUGUGCGGCGUUUGAUACGGGUAUGAUUGGAAAAUGCCCUUGCGUCCAAAUAAAGCGAGAGAGGAUGAUAUCCCUAUUGCCAUUAUUGCGACCUUUGCAAUGACCUGUGGGAAAA